UACAGAGUAGAGAGGCUCAGUCUACUGCAAAUCUCUGAGGAAACAUUUAGUUUUCUCUUCAAUCCAAGACGCAGUCCUUUCAGGAUAGAGUGCUGUCUUCCUCAAUGACUGGGUAACAGAGAAGAUAUCUGUAGCCGCCAGGUCACAGCUGGCUCCAGCCAACCCCUAAGUGGAAGUCACCUGGGCAAGUGACAGAGCUGGACUUUGGGAGGCACGUCCUCCGCCUCCAAGAGCAAGUGUACUUCCCGAGGUUCUGUGGAGAACACUAUUUUCUCAGAGAAAACCUUCAGGACAAAAAUGGGAAGAAAACACAGGAUAUUUUCAGAAGCCAAUCUGCUCCAGGUCCCUCUAAAAAGCCUCUGUCACCAGGAUAAGUCAGCGCUAUGUCCGUGUCCCCCUCACUGGGUUGCAUCACUGAGUGGAGAAGACCCUAGCCCCCAGACGGAGCAGGUGCCCCACAUCAAGCAUCAGUCCAGAACCAAGCUGUCACAACUUCCUGGGCACAGGACCACAGCCACACAACUGUCCUACCCCUGCAAGCGGACUAUGGCUGCCCCACUGCCGCACCUUGACCAUCAGAGCGUAGCGAAGUCUUCUUCAGUCUCUAAAUGCCAAUCAAAGGCAACCGUUUUACCCUCACUGUGUCCUGAGUACAAGACCAAGGCAACUGCCAUGACGUUGCCCUGCAAAGACCAAUGGGUAGCAUCUCCAUCGAACCAUAAUGAGUUGAUUGAAGCUGCAUUUAAUUCCAGCCACUGGACCGAGAUUCCUAGCAGGCAUGAACACAUUCCCAAAAUGCCACAGCCCUCUGACCACCAGAUUGAGGAGGGAGUGCACCUCAACCAGAGGUCCACAGCAGCAGGUCAGCAGGCGGACUGUGGCAAGAUAGAACUUCCAGCUCGCCCCUACUCCCAGGCUCAGAACUCUGUUGUCGAAGUCGAAUUUCCUAGCCCUCAGACUAAGGCUGUGGUGAAAUCUGCACAUCUGCCUGGCUCCCCAACUCCCCUGUCACAAAGCUGUAGCCCACAAAGAACCACUGUGUUCCCAUUACCGUGCCUUUACAAAGGCUUCAAGGGCACAGCUAAGAAAACCUCAGCUCUGAAUCUCUUUGUAAAGACUGCAGCUCCGAACUUAUCCCAUUCUGACCUCCAUAGCAAGUUUUUAUCUUCAGUACAGUACGUGGAUCAUUACCCCAGGGCAAGGGCUGCACUUUCAUUACAUAGUAAUCCCUUUGCCACGGCCACAACUGUACUGGGCUCAGCAUAUACCCAUCUAUGGUCACCUUCAUUCUAUCUUCAGGGGAGAUCCAUUUCCAAAUCAUCCUCAGUCACUAAGCUCCAGACGACUCUCCAAACUGCACCAUCAUCAAGGCAAGGAUGCUCUGAGAGUGAUGAAAGUGAUGGCUCCAUGUGUUCAGACCUCUUGGAUGAGGCCAUCUUUGGGCCUCUUCCAUACUCUGACAAUCCACCUACGUCAUCCCCAGUCCCUGAUUAUAUACCUAAAGGGGAGAUAUCGACAGUAUCAUCACACUCUGACUCCCAAUUUAUACCUCCUCUCUGCUGCAAUCACUGUACUGAGGUUCUAUCCAUCCUCAAUCAUCAGGAUAUAAAUUCAACAGGUGCUGCCCACAGAAUGGACGUCUUAGAACAGGAUAAUUGCUGGGCUAUACCCUGGUCAUUUUGCAGCAAAAAAAACAAGCUUCCAUCAGCCCUAAGUGAAAAUGGUGGGGCUUCCUUGGAUUGUAACUACAAAGAAACAAUUAGACCAGUCUUUGAGCAAGUCCUCAUCACAAGUCUACCAGAACUAGAUCACCUUCUUGAGUCUCCACUGUGUCUGGCCCAAGAGAAAACACCUCCAUUGGUCCUAAGUAAUCACACCAACGUUCCACUAGACCUUAAUCACUGUUCUUUAAUUUCACUGGACCAAGACCAUUGGGUUGAUACUAAAUUAACCUCUGAUGACAAAAAUAACCCAACAGUUCCUAACUGCCUGAUAGAAGCUACAGUGAACACUAAUCCAAAGGCAAUUUCUCCACUAGGCUUGGAUUCCCUGGGUAUAGAUUCAGUAGACCUGCAUGAUCAGGCAGUACCAUUAUAUCUAACCCACCAGGUCCCAUCUCCACCUGCCCCCAACCACCAGGUUCUGCUUCUGCCUGACCCCCUCCAUCAAUCCACAAAUCUCCCUAGCUCUGAUCAUCAUGACAAAGACAAAACAGACACUAAAGGUCAGGGUACACUUCAGUCAUUCCCAGGUCAUUGGGAAACUAUGUUUACACAACUCAACCAGAAGUUCACAACUCCCAAAGCCCAAAACAACCAGGAAGAAAUCCAACCAGGCACAACUCAAGCUGACCACAGCCAUCAGGUUACAUUCCCAGAUAUCCUUGAACAACAGACUGAAGUUACAAAAGAUACUAACAAUACCCAGGACAGCUGUACCACAACCUCAGACUACCAGCUGCAGAUUACAGGCGAUCCCAACAAUACCCAGGACAGCUGUACCACAAUCCCAGAAUACCAGCUGCAGAUAACAGGAGAUCCCAACAAUACCCAGUACAGCUGUACCACAACCCCAGAAUAUCAGCUGCAGAUAACAGGAGAUCCCAACAAUACCCAGGACAGCUGUACCACAACCCCAGAAUAUCAGCUGCAGAUAACAGGAGAUCCCAACAAUACCCAGGACAGCUGUAUCACAACCUCAGAACACCAGCUGCAGUUUAUAGAAGAUCCUAACAAUACCCAGGACAGCUAUAUCACAGCCUCAGAAUACCAGCUGCAGAUAACAGGAGAUCCCAACAAUACCCAAGACAGCUGUAUCACAACUUCAGAACACCAGCUGCAGUUUAUAGAAGAUCCUAACAAUACCCAGGACAGCUAUAUCACAACCCCAGAAUACCAGCUGCAGAUAACAGGAGAUCCCAACAAUACCCAGGACAGCUGUAUCACAACUUCAGAAUACCAGCUGCAAAUUACAGGUGAUCCCAACAAUACCCAGGACAGCUGUAUCACAACCUCAGAACACCAGCUGCAGUUUAUAGAAGAUCCUAACAAUACCCAGGACAGCUAUAUCACAACCCCAGAAUACCAGCUACAGAUAACAGGAGAUCCCAACAAUACCCAGGACAGCUGUAUCACAACUUCAGAAUACCAGCUGCAAAUUACAGGAGAUCCCAACAAUACCCAGGACAGCUGUAUCACAACCUCAGAACACCAGCUGCAGUUUAUAGAAGAUCCUAACAAUACCCAGGACAGCUAUAUCACAACCCCAGAAUGCCAGCUGCAGAUAACAGGAGAUCCCAACAAUACCCAGGACAGCUGUAUCACAACUUCAGAAUACCAGCUGCAAAUUACAGGAGAUCCCAACAAUACCCAGGAUAGCUGUAUCACAACCUCAGAAUACCAGUUGCAGGGUACAAGAGAUCCCAACAAUACCCAGGACAGCUGUAUCACAACCUCAGAAUAUCAGCUGCAGAUUACAGGCAAUCCCAACAAUACCCGGGACAGCUAUAUCACAGCCUCAGAAUACCAGCUGCAAAUAACAGGAGAUCCCAACAAUACUCAAGACAGCUGUAUCACAGCCCCAGAAUACCAGCUUCAAAUUACAGGAGAUCCCAACAAUUCCCAAGACAGCUGUAUCACAACCUCAGAACACCAGUUGCAGGGUACAGGAGAUCCCAACAAUAAGCAGGAUGUCUGUAUCACAGCUUCAGAAUACCAGUUGGACAUUAUAGAAGAUCCCAACAAUACCCAGGACAGCUAUAUUACAGCCUCAGAAUACCAGUUGCAGGGUACAGGAGAUCCUAACAAUACCCAGGACAGCUAUGUCACAGCCUCAGAAUACCAACCAGAACCUUCACAAAGUGCUAAACAGUGGCUCAUACCUCUACUGGGUCCUGAACUCAAUACUAGAACUCUAAUAGAUUACUAUAAUCCCUUAGCUCAGGUUGAACAGAUCUCUGACCCUCACAGUAAGAUACAUUCUGGGCUCCAAAACCAGAUCCAGACUGUGCAGAAUAACAAAGCUACAUGGUGUUUAAAUUACAUGAAACCUCCCAUCAUUGAAGGUGGGACAGUUCCUAUUAAAAUUGUGAAUUACAUCAUCACUUCCAUUCCCCAGGAGACAAUAAAAAAUGACAUCUGUAAGCAAAUUCUUCUGCGGAGGAUGCACAGAGGUACUCAUCAAUUUACUCAUCUAUUAUGUAGUUAUAAGGUCUGCUUAUCUUGUGCCUCUUGGAUCCCAAAUGGCUGUUUCCAUGGUCAUGCAAUGAAAUAUUCUUCUCAAGCACAAUUGCUAGCCAUACCAUUACCUGUGCCUGGUUCUUCAGAAGAGAUGGGAGUGAAAUUUGUUCUUCAAAUUCCUCAUUCAAAGGCAGAAUCCAUUUCUAACACUGAAUACCCAGACUCUAGUAAGCUCAGUCCCUCAUGCAAUUCAUUUGACUGUCCAUCAUCACAAUCAGAAGCCAUGCCUGCUAAGCCAUCCAUUUUACAGCUGCCAGCUAAGAGUUGGAUCAACUUAAUGUUUGACACUGAUUACCAGAAAUGGGCAAGAAAAACAUCUAGUUCAUCCCAAUUUAGAGAGAAAAUGCCCCUGAAGACUAAUACCACUAGUCAGCAGUCAAGGAACUAUAAGAGAUUUGUGAAAUCUUUCCUAUAUAAAUUUCAGAGAAAAGAGGAAAAUUAAACAGGCAAGUGAAUCCUCUA